GCGUGCGGAUAGAAUCCACGGGCCGCUCGACAGACCGACACACUAUCAAGCCAAACCCCGACCAGACGACGACACAGCAAGCUCCAAGGAUGGGGAACGCUGGAUACACAUGCAUACGUCGCACCUUCUGCUGGCUGAACAUCAUACUGUGGCUUUGCAGCUGCGCUUUCCUGGGCGCUGGCCUCUGGCUACGACUGUCCUAUGAGGGCUAUGCGACGCUGCUGCCCCAGCAUGCGGCACUCAGUGCGGACACAAUCUUCAUGUGCAUCGGUGGCAUUGGGUUUGUGGUUAGUUUCUUUGGAUGCUGCGGGGCCUGGGCGCAGUCGCGCUGUCUGCUCGUGCUGUACUUCAUGCUCAUUGUUAUGCUCUUCAUGAGCGAAUUUCUGGUGGGCUCCAUCGCCUUUCUAUUUCGUGGCGGUCUUGGGCGCACGUUGGCCAACGAGCUGCGCUUCGGCAUCGAGCGACACUACAAUGCCAGCGAUCGGGGCUCGCUGGUGGCGCCCUCAGUGGCUGCCAUAUGGGACAGUGUACAGCAAUCGUUCGAAUGCUGCGGGGUGUCCUCGUACGAGGACUGGUACGACGUUCAGUCGUGGAGCGGCAAACGCUGGGUGCCCGAAUCGUGCUGUAAGCCUCUCUACGAUCAGCGCCAAAUAAUCACCGAGGGUUCGGGCGAUGGACUCCUGCGCGUGGACUGCGGCCGAUCAGAGAAUCCCACGCUGUGGUGGGACAAGGGUUGCGCCCACUCUCUGCAGAGCUGGUUCAAUGGCCAGCUGAAUGUGGUGGGGGCCGUGGGCCUCGGCAUCGCCUUUGUGCAGCUCUUCGGUCUGAUCACGAGCAUGCUGCUCUUCUGCACCGUGAAGCACAAGCGGGCCUCGGACACAUAUAAGUCGUAUUCGCCCUCGAUCGAUCCGCAGACGCGCACCAGCAGUUGGGAGGAUUGAACGCGACUGUGAAUCCCAAUUGGAAGUUCUAAAGCGAGAGUCUGGGACCAAGGCUUUUGCAGAUGGUUUUUUUUUUUAGUUUGUCUCCAAUGUUUUAGUUUUGUUUACUCUCUUUUUAUUUAUGCUAUUAUUAUUUUUCAUUUUUGUUUUCUUUAGGUUAUUCAACACUGCAAAAUGUGCCAAAAAUUAAUUUAAAUCCGUAUGAUUUCUUCAGAAUAAUGAUUCUAAUUUUUUUUUUGUUUUUUUGUUUGUUAUGUUUAGUGAAAUGAAAUGAAAGUGCUAAAGCAGACACAUAUCGAAAUCUAAAGCCCAUAUCUCCUAUACACAUGCAUAUAGUACAUGUAGUGUUUAUGUAUUGAAUUGUAUGUGUGUACUCGUAUGUAUGUAUGUAUGUAUGUAAGCAUGCAUGCAUACAGUUUAGUUUAAUGGUGUAUGUCCAUAUUGUGAUGUGCUCUCCCUAGUACGUAUAUACACACUUAUAUACCUGCAUAUACACGUAUAUACCCACAACCCGAUAGUCGCGUAUGUACUACUACUUACGUAUUCUAUUCUAUAUGCCUAGAGCUUUAGCAUUGAGAUCGUAGUAGAGACACAAGAGCAACAAAACUGCCUGCGAAGCAAGGGGAAGCAAAGGAGUCGAUUAUGUAGCUAAAACAAUAAACAUAUAUUUUAAUUUUGUAAUAAUCAUUUCAAUUGCUCAGUGUAGACCAAAAGACAUUCCUGAAUAACAAAUGCUAUACAAGUACAUACUAUAUACAUA